UGUUAAUUAAUUCACAGUACUGUUUUUCAUUCAUGGCUUUUUCUCAAAAUUACCUAGGUUUCAUUAUAGCUUUUAUUACAAAUUAUUUUGUGUUGGUUACAUUUGCUGGUAACUUCAACCAAGAUUUUGAUAUAACUUGGGGAGAUGGUCGUGGUAAAAUAAUCAACAAUGGUGAGAUUCUUACUCUUUCAUUGGACAAAGCCUCAGGCUCUGGAUUUCAAUCUAAGAGCCAAUAUUUGUUUGGGAAAAUCGAUAUGCAAAUCAAGCUUGUUCCUGGUAACUCUGCUGGCACUGUUACCGCUUAUUAUUUGAGAUCAGAAGGUUCGAGUUGGGAUGAAAUAGAUUUUGAGUUCUUGGGGAAUGUGAGUGGUGAGCCUUAUAUUGUACACACAAAUAUUUUUAGCCAAGGCAAAGGCAAUAGAGAGCAACAGUUUUAUGUUUGGUUUGAUCCAACUGCUCAUUUCCUCACAUACUCUAUUCUUUGGAACCCUCAACAUAUUGUGUUGUACGUAGAUGGAACUCCCAUCAGAGAGUUCAAAAACAAGGAGUCCAUUGGGGUUCCUUACCCGAAAAACCAACCAAUGAAGAUCUACUCGAGCCUAUGGAACGCGGAGGAGUGGGCCACGAGAGGUGGUCUGGUGAAGACCGAUUGGACCCAAGCUCCUUUCACGGCUUCCUACAAAAAGUUCAACGAUGAUCAAGCUUGCGCUUGGUCGUCUUCUUCCUCAUUAUCAUCACCGUCGACUUCUUGCUCCAACACUACUAAUUCUGUCUUGGUUUCACAAGAAUUGGACACAACAAGCCAGGAGAGACUCAAAUGGGUUCAGAAGAAUUACAUGAUUUAUAAUUAUUGUACUGAUACUAAGAGAUUCCCACAAGGCCUUCCUAAAGAAUGUAUUGCAGCCAAUAAACCCUAGGCUUUAUUAUAAUUAAUAAUUCACAUAUAUAUGUAAUUUGUAGUAUUCCUUUAACAUAUAUUUAUUUAAUUAUACA